GGGCUGGACCAGGUGACCCUGGAUCCUCCCUUAGUUAUGCUGCUUUACACUCGGGCUGCUGGAGGAGUUCCUGUGAUGCACUGAGCAGUUCUUUUCCACUCACCUCUUUUUGCUCCCAGUGGGCAGUGGGUACAUGUACCACUGUUGUGUCUCUCCUUUUCUUUUCUCUUCCCCUGCCUGACUUUGCUUCUGCUGUUUAAAUGGAGUUUUUCCUUUUCCACUCAGUGCUGCCUCACAGGGGCCAGCUGAUUGUUUGGGUUUCCCUCUGAUACUGUAGGGUCUUUACCUUGUUUCUCACCUGCAAAUGAUCAGAUUUUGACCUGAUUUUAAAUUUUCAUAAUAAUAAUAAACUUUAUAUAUAAAGCACAUUUAAAACCAAAGUGCUUAACAAGUAAAAUAGAGAAUAAAAGGAAGAUGAUAGAAAUAGGACCAAAGCAGAGAGGAGAAGCAGCAGAUACAGAACAAACAGUUAAACGAGCAUAAAAGUGCAUAAUGUAAAAUCAUAAGUGAAAUGUUAACUAGAAGCAUGAUUGAAUAGGUGGGUCUUUAGUCGUGAUUUAAACAGCAUGCACUUCAUGCAGGACCUUUCCUUGCUCCACUGCCAGACUUGAACUUUGGGAACAGUAACAAUUAUCCAAGUGAAAACAAGGUGAAACAUGGUGGUAUUUCUUUGCCCAGAGGCAGGAGAUGACAUACAGUGCUUCAACUCUGUAUCUGUCCCACUCUCUGUCAGUCAUUUUCUCUGUCUGCCCUUCUUAUUUCUGACUGUCAGACGCACACAAAUAUCACACCGCACUUCAAGGCUCUCUGUGGGCAACAGCCUCAGGAUAUAAGCUCUGCUGUCAAAUGUCUUUAUCAUCAAGUGUGCUGUAUAUCGCUGUUUUUAGAGUACACACCUAGCUCUAUAUAUUUUUCUCUUUCUGUGCUCUCUCUUGCAAAAGUGGAGAAGAGCUGAGUGCUGCAGACCGGCCUGUGGGUGAGUGGGUGGCAGAGAGGGAGAGGGGGGGUGAGAUGAGAAAGAUGGAGACGGGGAGCAGGUCAGAGGAGGAGAGAGAGGAAGAAUAAGGUGCAAACACAGACGUAUAAACAGCCAGAGAAAGAGAGAGAGGAGAGAGGUAGUGUUGCUACAGUAAUGUUGUGAGUGGAUCUCAAGUGGUUUGACAGGUUGUGAUUUUCCUCUGCCGGCUUGGAUCGCUGUUUAGUUUAGCUGCUCGCCAGCGGUAGAGUCAGAGAAACAGACUGAGGAAGGAGAAGAAAACAAGUGGAUCCAUCAUCCCGUGUGACCCAAACACAAGGUGGAUCUGUUCUACAAGGUUCGCCACGUGAUGAUGGAGCUGAUAGACCUGAGAAGGCAGCUGCUGUCCGGUCACCUGACACAAGACCAGAGCAGAGACGUCAAGAGACACAUCACCGUCAGACUCGACUGGGGCAACGAACACCUCGGUCUGGACCUGGUGCCGAGAAAGGAGUUUGAGAUGGUUGAUGAAGACCAGAUCAGCGUGUCAGACCUUUAUAAGAUGCAUCUUUCUAGCAGACACAGCGUACAGCAGAGCACCACACAGGGCGACAACGCCCGGCAGAGACAUGGGGAACCUUGUAGAGUUCCAGUACCUCAUCACCUGCUGGUCAACCUGAAGAGCUUCACCUACAACAGCAUAGGCGAGGACACGGACAUAUUCUUCUCCCUGUACGACCUGAGAGAGGGAAAGACCCUCAGUGAGAAGUUCAUGGUGAGACUGAACAAGAACGGAGGUCCAAAGAAUCCAGAGAAGGUGGACCGGCUGUGUGCCCUCUUCACGGAUCUGAGUAACAAAGACAUGAAGAGAGAUCUCUAUAUUGUCUCACAAGUUAUCAGGACAGGUCGAAUGCUGCUGAAUGACAGUAAGAAGGGUCCUCCGCACGUCCAGUACCGUCGACCGUAUGGCUGUGCGGUCCUGGCCAUGAGCGACGUGCUGCAGACCAUCUCAGAGCUCAAAGAGGAGAAAGAUUUUGUCCUUAAAGUGUACACGUGUAACAAUGAGAAUGAAUGGUACCAGAUCCAUGAGAACAUCAUCCGCAAGUCCAGCACCAAAUACACGGCACCCAGCACCAACUACGGGCUGAUCAUCUCCCUGCAGCUGCUGAGGGGCGACAUGGAGCAGGUCCGCAGAGAAAACCCGCUCAUUUUCAGCAGGGGGGUGGCCAUCACACGCAAACUGGGAUUCCCAGAUGUCAUCAUGCCUGGUGACAUCCGUAACGACCUGUACCUGACACUGGAGCGAGGAGACUUUGAGAGGGGAGGGAAAAGCGUUCAGAAGAACAUCGAGGUGACCAUAUAUGUGCUUUACGCCGACGGAGAAAUCCUCAAGGACUGCAUCAGUCUGGGUUCAGGUGAGCCCAACGUGCCAGAGCACCGCUCCUUUGUGCUCUACCAUAACAACAGCCCGCGAUGGAGCGAGGUGAUCAAACUGCCGAUUCCCAUCGACCGUUUCAGAGGGUCCCACCUGCGCUUCGAGUUCAGACACUGCUCCACAAAGGACAAAGGAGAGAAAAAGCUGUUUGGUUUUGCCUUCACGCCUCUAAUGAGAGAGGAUGGAACUACUCUCUCUGAUGAGAGCCACGAGCUGUAUGUCUACAAGUGUGAUGAAAACACGACCUUCAGUAACCACGCCCUCUACCUGGGGCUGCCCUGCUGUAAGGAGGACUUCAACAGCUGUCCCAACAUCCCCUCCAGCCUCAUUUUCCAGCGCAGCAUGAAAGAGACCUUCUGGAUUUCCACACAGCUCUCCUCCACCAAGCUCACCCAGAACGUGGACCUCUUGGCCCUGCUGAAGUGGAAGGCCCAUCCCGACCGGGUCAUGGACAUCCUUGGACGGCUUCGGCAUGUCAGUGGAGAAGAGAUCGUCAAGUUUCUUCAGGACAUUCUGGACACCUUGUUCUCCAUCUUGGAUGACAACACAGACAAAUAUGGGCCGCUGGUUUUUCAGUCAUUGGUGUUCAUUAUAAACCUGCUCAGGGACAGUAAAUACUACCACUUCAGGCCGGUGAUGGACACUUACAUCCAGAAGCACUUUGCUGGAGCGUUAGCUUACAAGGAGCUGAUCCGCUGUCUGAAGUGGUACAUGGAUCGCUCUGCUGAGGUGGUGAGGCAGGACCACAUACAGGAAGCCAUGAGGGCUUUGGAGUAUCUGUUCAAGUUCAUCAUCCAGUCUCGGAUCCUUUACUCUCGGGCCACGUGUGGCAUGGAGGAGGAGCAGUUUCGCACCAGCGUCCAAGAACUCUUUCAGUCGAUCCGCUUCGUGCUCAGCCUGGACAGCCGCAACUCCGAGACGCUCAUCUUCACUCAGGGCCCCCAGCCUUGUCCGGGCCCAAAUCAAGUCCCAGGUCCCGGCGCUGGGCUUCCUGCUCCCUUAGCACUAGCUCCUGCCCCGGGCCAACUGCAGUCCACUGUCCCAGGACAGGUUCCUGGCAGCGGACAGGCCAACUGCACUCAGGCCGUGAGCACCAACGCUCUGCGGCCGACUCCGCUGUCAGCUGCACUUUUGAACUCGUUCCCAGCCAUCUUUGAUGAGCUUCUGCAGAUGUUUACGGUGCAAGAGGUGGCCGAGUUUGUGCGCGGCACCCUGGGCAGCAUGCCGUCCACGGUGCACAUAGGACAGUCCAUGGAUGUGGUCAAGCUGCAGUCCAUAGCUCGGACCGUGGACAGCCGGCUCUUCUCUUUCCCAGAGUCUCGGAGGAUCCUACUUCCUGUGGUCCUGCAUCACAUCCACCUGCACUUGAGGCAACAAAAAGAGCUUCUCAUCUGCUCUGGAAUACUCAGCUCUAUAUUCUCUAUCAUCAAGACCAGCUCGCUGGACACGUCGGUGCAGGAGGAGGUGGAGAUGAUGGUGGAGUCCCUGUUGGACGUCCUCCUGCAAACCCUGCUGUCAAUCAUGAGCAAGAGCCAAUCGCAGGAGGCGGUAAGGGGUCAACGCUGUCCGCAGUGCACCGCUGAGAUCGCUGGAGAGUACGUGUCCUGCCUCCUGUCGCUUCUCCGUCAGAUGACAGAUAUCCACUUCCAGCACCUGAUGGAAAACUUUCAGAGCAAAGAUGAGCUGAAGGAGUUUCUGCUGAAGAUCAUGUGUGUGUUUAGAAAUCUGAUGAAGCUCAGCAUUUUCCCCCGAGACUGGAACAUCAUGAGACUCCUCACCAGCAACAUCAUCCUGACCACAGUGCAGUACCUCUCUCCUGCUCUGCACAAGAACUUCACAGAAGCCGACUUUGACUUUAAGGUGUGGAAUUCCUACUUCAGCCUGGCGGUGCUCUACAUCAACCAGCCCAGUUUACAGUUGGAAAAUUUGAGUCCUGCUAAGAGGAAGAAGGUCUUAGACAAAUACGGUGACAUGAGAGUGAUGAUGACCUACGAGCUUUUCAGCAUGUGGCAGAAUCUGGGUGAGAAUAAGAUCCACUUCAUUCCCGGGAUGAUUGGUCCGUUCCUGGGAGUGACGCUGGUCCCGCAGGUGGAGGUGCGAAACAUCAUGAUCCCGAUUUUCCACGACAUGAUGGACUGGGAGCAGCGCAAGAACGGGAACUUCAAACAGGUGGAGGCUGAGCUGAUUGACAAGCUGGACAGUUUGGUGUCGGAGGGGAAAGGAGACGAGAACUACAGGGAGCUCUUCGGUUUGCUAACCCAGCUGUUUGGGCCUUACCCCAGCCUGCUGGAGAAGAUCGAGCAGGAGACGUGGAGAGAGACGGGCAUCUCCUUCGUUACCUCCGUCACACGACUGAUGGAGCGCCUGCUCGACUACCGGGACUGUAUGAAGGGAGAUGAAACCGAAAACAAGAAGAUUGGCUGCACAGUUAACCUCCUGAACUUCUACAAGUCAGAGAUCAACAAGGAGGAGAUGUACAUCCGCUACAUCCACAAACUGUGUGACAUGCAUCUGCAGGCGGAGAACUACACAGAGGCCGCGUUCACCCUGCUGUUAUACUGGGAGCUGCUGCACUGGGACGAGCGUCCUCUGAAGGAGUUCCUGCAUUAUCCUGCUCAGACCGAGUGGCACCGCAAGGAGGGACUCUGCAGGAAAGUCAUCCACUACUUCAACAAGGGGAAGUGUUGGGAGUACGGCAUUCCUCUGUGCAGGGAGCUGGCCUUCCAGUACGAAUCCCUGUAUGACUACCAAAGUCUCAGCUGGAUACGGAAAAUGGAGGCGGCCUAUUACGACAACAUCAUGGAGCAGCAGCGCCUGGAGCCCGAGUUCUUCAGGGUCGGCUUCUACGGCAGGAAGUUCCCUUUCUUCCUCAGAAACAAAGAGUUUGUCUGCCGUGGUCAUGACUACGAAAGGUUAGAAGCCUUCCAGCAAAGGAUGCUGGGAGAAUUCCCGCAAGCCAUUGCAAUGCAGCACCCCAAUCAACCAGACGAGGCCAUCCUGCAGUGUGAUGCACAGUACCUCCAGAUCUACGCAGUAACGCCGGUGCCGGACAGCGUGACCGUGCUUCAGAUGGACCGAGUACCGGACCGCAUUAAGAGCUUCUAUCGAGUGAACAACGUUCGCCGCUUCCGUUACGACCGGCCCUUCCACAAAGGCCCCAAAGAUCGAGACAACGAGUUCAAAAGUCUGUGGAUAGAAAGGACGACUCUGAUCCUCACCCACCCUCUGCCCGGGAUUUCCCGCUGGUUUGAGGUGGAGAAGAGAGAGCUGGUGGAGGUGAGCCCGUUAGAAAACGCCAUCUCUGUGGUGGAGAAUAAGAACCAGGAGCUGCGCACUUUGAUCAGCCAGUACCAACACAAGCAGCUGCACGGCAACAUCAACCUGCUCAGCAUGACGCUGAACGGGGUCAUCGACGCUGCUGUUAACGGAGGCAUCGCCAGAUACCAAGAGGCUUUCUUUGAUAAGGAGUACAUCACGAGCCACCCUGAAGACACUGAGAAGAUCACACAGCUUAAAGACCUGAUGCAGGAGCAGGUUCACAUCCUGGGAGUCGGUCUGGCUGUGCACGAGAAGCUGGUGCACCCAGAAAUGCGUCCCCUGCACAAGAAGCUGAUAGAUCAGUUCCAGAUGAUGAGGAGCAGCCUCUGCCAUUGCUUCUAUGUGUCUCUGCAGGGUCUGCCUGGUUUAGACAAGUCCGGUUCAGGGCCCAACACACCCAGAGGAAUCCUGGCCACUCACGGCCCCAUGAGCCCCGAGAGCUUCAAACUGAUGCACCGACACAGUCCUGUAGCUGUUCUGACUCCUGUGCGCAACUCCUCCUCCUCUCUCUCCUCUCACAACUCCAGUGAGAUGGGAAACGUUGGCAAUCUGCUGAUCCUGGCUGACGGCAUGGUAGUGGAACACCCCGAGGACUUCUACCGCAUGCAGGCGAGCCUGUCCUCCUCCAGUCUUAGCUCCACCCACUCUGCGCCUUCUCAGAUGAUAAACUCCGCCCCCUCAACCAUCAGAGUCGGCUCUCCGUCUCUGCCUGACAAAUACAGACACAACAGAGAGAUGCUGAUGCUGCUGCCGCCGCACAGAGAGAGGCCGAGCAGCGCGAUGUACACCAACAUCACAGACAAUGGACAGCCACCAAACUUCCAGCGGGCUUUGUUCCACCAGGUGAUCGGUCCAUGCAAACCCUGCAGCGACCCAAACCUCUCUGUGGCUGAGAAAGUCCUGACCACUCCCAGCAGUUGGAGUUUGGACAGCGGUACCAGAGAAGCCCUCCCUUUCCUUUCCUCCCACGUUGGCAGUGUCAUGGCACCACCUGUUCCACCACGCAACCUGCCUCAAGGGCAACACCUGUCGAUGCACUUUGACGCUUUCCACCACCAGGUCAGCGACCUCCCUCCAGCUCUCCCCGCGCGCUCUUUAAGAAAGUCUCCCCUGCAUCCUAUACCUGCCUCGCCCACCAGUCCACAGUCCAUCCUGGAUGGCAGUAACUCCAACCUGUCAGGCAGCGCCAGCUCCGGAGUCUCCUCCCUCAGUGAGAGCAACUUUGGUGGCCCCGCCUCCUCCUCUGACCCCACCGCCAGCCGCACAGACACCCUGGAGUCCGUCCCCAGCAGCCAGGCUUGGACCACCGACCAGGAGGACCUUGACUCACCUUACCAGCCCGUCAGGUACAGCAUCUCCGAACCUGAAGUCCUGGAUGGAGUCAAGCCCCCGCCCUGCCGCAGCCACUCUGCCCCGGGAGGCGUCACCCCGGCUCAGGUGGGGUCCCAAAUCCAACCCCAGGCUCCGGGUUCGGCCUCCAUCGGAGUUCAACAAAUGCAGCAGCAGGAUGUGCUGCCACACCCACAACACCCCCACUACUACCACCAACUCCACCAUCACUUCCACCCACACUACAUCCCCCACCACCCGCCUCUCUACCACUUCCAUGAGCCUCCGGCGCUGCCCCCUAAACCCUACCUCCGAGAGGGCUGCAUCCCUGAAGAGGACUCCCUGAUCAGCCAGUCUGCAGCGCCUCCACCUCCCGCACCGCGGCCCAUGCCACGCAAGAUCUCCCAGCCCAUAAUCACAGCCACCAAGGAUGAGCAGGCUAAAGUGGCGUGGGAGCACGGCAUCGGCGAGGAGUAGGACGCCCCCUCAUGGUUUAUAGGGACAGAUAAGAAACUUUUCUCAAAAGAGAGAAAGAAAAGACGUGAGAGCGAGAGCCAAACUAAAAACUGGGUCAUGAAGUUGAGGGUAGCUCUGAUUCGCCCCCAGCUGUCCUCCAGUUACCACUAAAGGUUUCAGUCUGCUCUCGCACACUCCAACGAGUCCUUGACCUCUGAGACGUGUUUCCUUCAACCAAACAGUCCUCACGUCACUGCAUCCUGAUUCUUUACUUCUUAUAUGUGCAGACGGGGUUGAACCUGAGAAAAUGCUGCUCAGCUUUUUCACUAAAUUCAUGAUUACACCUGAAACUGAACCCGUGAUUUUACGAAGGGAUUUCUAGUCAAAUAAAAAAAAGCCUCGCUCUGAAGAUUUAAAGGCAAACGGCACUUUAAAAACAUUUUUAUUUAUGUACAAAUGAAACCUAUAGACACAGAACGGUCAAAGCAGGGAUGUUACACUGAAGGAUAUUUAGAUCAGUGAUUCCUAAAGUGUGGGCCGCUGCCCCUUAGUGGGCUGUGAAGGUACUGCAGGGUGUCCUCCAGAGGCAGGGUGGCCAGAUUCCAUGAACCUCGAUGAUACAACAUUUUACAACAUCUGGAGUUUAUUUGUGUGGGAAUCUUCACAUAUCCUAAAAAACUAUAAAAGGACAAACUGCAGGUUUGUGAAGGACUUUCCCUCCUGCCUCGCUGAGCAGACGCAAUAAGCACAACAAGAAGUUUCAUGUUAUUGUCCGUGAUAUAUUCUUUUUACUAUAUUUACUUUUGCUGUCCUGAUAAUUGACCUGUCACUUAAUGUCAUGUUUUCCUUUCUGCAUCACUGCAGAUUAACUAAGAAAGGAAAAUCAUUUCCUUUGUUUUGACUUCACCCAGUUAAGUAGUUUCCCUGUAUUUCAGUUUUUUUAAAGCCACUGGAUAAAAGCCAGACUUUAGGAAAGUGCCUGUCCUGCAGUGAACAAAAUGUGGGACACUGUCUCGAUGUGGGACGAGGGGGACCAAAGGUCAGUCUCGUGUGGACUCCAGUUUAGCAGCUUUGAGUUUGGGAAUCACUGAUUUAGAUGAUUUAAAAAGAUGAAAACAAAAGACCAAAAUGAAAGCAAAUAACUAAUGAUGAUUAUUUCUGUCACGUAAACAGCGGCUAUAAAGGCAUCGGGUAGAGGUACUUUUUGUAACGAUGUAAAUAAAACGUUCACCACCAGGGGGCAGCGUUUGAACAAAAAGGUAAUACACCAAAGUACGGCCGGGACCUCAUUUGACUACGGUUGACAUCUUAACAGAAAACACAGAUAGUUUAGGACAUAAAGUCAAGCUGGUGUUUAUAUUCUGUUAAUUUUUGUUAAUCUUAGAAAACAGGAAGUUACAAAAAGUACCUUUAAGUGAUGCUUUAUGCAAACAGAGCGACGGCUUUCGAAGAUUUUCAGUCACUUUUUCCUGAGAUGUUGAAGAUAAACGACAGAGAUGAGAAGUGUUUAUAUUUAAGUAAGAGAGAAUGUAGAUACAUUUAAUACAGUAUAAAGAAGUAUAUACAUAUAAUUUAUAUUCAGUCGUUAUACUUUUGAUUGAAGAAACGUGCAAAUGGCUUUCUGAGCCGACAGUAGCCGCUACAUCAGACGCGAUGUGCACUUCAACAGCUGAAGGUUUUAUUGCAGCUCCUGAAAGCAGGAGCGAGGGACAGUUUGCUCUGAGGGUUUUUUAAAGCUGACGAUGCGUUCAGCGGAGGAACCUGUAAAUAUGUGCGAGGCGUCCGACUGCUGGUAUUUUUAGGGAUGUUAACUGAAGUAAAUAUACACCUUUUUUGGCAUUUUUUCUAUGAAAGUAAUGACUGUACAUUUUUUAAUCAGGGUACUGUUUUGUAUGCAUGUUCAUUCACUGAACAGAGACUGUGAGGUGAAGCACUGGAAGCACUGGAGAAAUACUGUACUGUGCACUGAUGUCUUUGUAGUCUAGGAAACCACUUUGAACACCAAGGAUGUUACAUCAGCAGGAUUCAGUAGUAGACGUGUAAAAGUACUGCAAAGGGUCAUACUUUUGUACUUUAGUGUUUUGUUUUAAAUAUUCUUUUUACAUUUAGCACUCAGAUUGUGAGCAGACUGUCAUCCUGAUCACUUCGCCCCCUUUUUAGGUUGAACAGCCGUUAGCUCACGUGGCUAUUUGAAAUCCUCGUUGUGCUCUGCCUGGUGUCCGAUCACCUCACAUUUUGCAUGGUGAAGCUGAUCGUUGUGUUUGAGCUUUGUCCUGUUUUGGUUCCUCCUAAAGGUGCAGAAAACUCAGAAUCCUGAUUCAGUGUCAUAUUGUGUUGGUGACGAUGGCUGGUGGCUCUGUAGUUUGUAGUUUCGAACUUAAGUCCAGCUACAUUUAGAUAAAUCCAACACAGAACUGUUCCCCUGUGAGGCUAAAUAAUAAUAACACGAUGUCUUUGCAAAGUGCUUUGACAGAAAGGCAAAAAUAGAAAAAUACAUUUCAACAGGAAGCUGGACAUCGAAGAGCGAGAUGGGACAAAUUAAAAGUUAAGACAAGAGAACAACGACGAAAUAAAUCAAAUCAACAUUGUCUACAUAAAGGGCUGAAAGCAGAAACAAUAAAAUAGGGGAUACAAGCAUAAGUAAAUAUAGGCAUCACAUAAAAAUAUGUCAAUGACAAACUGAGUCAGGUUGAGACAUUUUAGAUUUAAGGAUUAGCAGCCUGAGUGCGCACUCUGCCUCGAAUGGCUUUCGCUGCUUUAGAGAAGCUGAAGGUUUGUUUUCAGUGAAACGGCGAGACUGUGUGUGAGUGCGUCUGCACGUUUAGAACCAUCACAAACUUUACUUCAUCCAUUAAAUCAUUUUCAGGAGUUACUAAAGUCGACCAGUUCUGGAUUUUCUGUCACACCAGGAUGGAUGUGCGCAGUAAACAAAACCAUAGUUUUGUUUACAAAGAGCAGGCAGUCUAAAGAGACGGGCACUGAAGCAGCUUGUUUCAGACACAUUGCAGUAUUAUUUUUAACUAUGAGUCAUACAAAGCUCCUCUGGUAGAGUCCAAACGUCAAAAUAUAGAGCUCGAAAUGAGCAGAGAGGGUCCACAUUAAAUAUUCAGCUCCUGUAAUGUCAGUGAACGUGUCUGCUGCAUUCACUGACCCAGUAAGCUGCAUGGAACAACAGCCAUCAUUCAGACAGUUGUUGCACAUGUGCAUUUCCUGCCGCGACGCAUGGCGUGAGCUGUGUGAGCAGUGAUACGGGCCCGCUGCUUGAAUUCUCCACCAUAAACAUACGAGUGAAGCAGUGAUGGUUAAAGAUGUUCAGUGGAAGUUUCAAGCUGGACUUUCAGUGGCGCUCUGUGUCCGGUGAGUCUCUUUAUUCCCCACUUAUAAAAGUUAAAGCCAUGAAGCUGUCCUGUGGCUCACACAGAGGCUGCACCACAGAAAACUGCUGAAUUCAUGAAGUCGGGUGUUUGGUGAACUGACUGAUGAUGUUACAGGUGAAUUAUGCAGCACGGCUCGAGUUACCUCCUUGAACCUGUCUGUUUUUAGAUCUUUAGCUUCUCUCUUCUUCUACUUUUAUACAUUUCAUUUAAAAUAAUUUUAGUUCAUUCAUUCCCUAAAUGAUCAACUCUUUCAUGCUUGUGCGAAGAGUUCGAGUUGAUUGUUGUCCUGUUGAAACUGAAACCCAUAUUAACACUCAGUGCAGCUGAUGGUGGAUUCAUGCGCUGUGUGUAUUCACAGCGAUAUAAACAGUUGUUACAGACUUGCACUGACGCCUUUGUGUUUAUGCCAACAACAUAUGAUGUUACCUCUGUUUUAAACAGCUUUGAGUGCUCUCAAAGUUUUUCUCACAGCACAUUUGUUUUGCUUGUUGCCUUUGCAAAACAUGAAGAUUGAUAUUAAUAUGUAGACGUUUAUACAAAGCCAGAUUUAGAAAUCACCUUAUUGCAUUUUCUUCCUGCAACCUUUACCUCCAGUUCACAUAACGCACUGGAAGGUUUCAUUUUUUAUCACUUUUCUGUCAUUCUGUGUGUUUGUUUAUCUGUAAAGCUCCGUGUGCAGUCGUGCUGACCCGUUUAUCUUUGAUCCUUCUGAGCCUACAAAGAGCUGUGAGCGGGGAUGCUGUAAAUACAUGAUGCAGGCAGGUUAGAGAAGCUUUUCAGCAACGAGAAACUGCAACAAUGAAGGUGUGCGCUGUUACGGCAGUUUGUGAGAGAGUGUGUGUUAUAUCAGGAUCGGAUUACACCAGAGGGAGAGAGAAGUAAACAACAGUUUACUAAAGAAAAGUUCACAGCAGAAUUAAAUGUACAUUAUUUUCUCCUGAUUUUUAGUUCUGUUCAUCCUUUUAGAACAUUUUGACAUCUGCUGUCUUUUAAAUAUAUCUGAGCUAAACUGAGAAUCUGAGAUCGUUGAUCAGCUACUGAGAAGUAAAGAAGCAGCAACAACCUAUUGAAGAUGUUUCAUGUGGGAACUAUUUUCUUCUCCCUGAACUAAACCUACUUUACAUGCAUAUGCUGCAAUCACACGUGCAUAGAUUUUCUUUUGCCUUUUGUGUCGUUGCUCCUUUGUGCUUGUUGCGUUACAGUUUUAUUCUGUUGCUUUUGUUUCUUAUUCCGGUAACAGUCUGUUUCGUCCUGUGAGUGGACACUGGGAUUGGGCCUGUAUAUAAAGGAUGGCUGUAGCUUCCACGUCUGAAAAUUAAAACAAAGCUGGAAGUUGCGUUCUUUCCAGUGGCCACUAGGGGGCAACUGUUUGUCCUGCAGAAAAAGUCUGAGAAAACAACCCCCGCAGCUUGAACUAUGACCUCAGUAAAUAUUUACCUGAUGAGCCUCACUAGUGGCAGGAUUUUAAUUUUAUCAGCUGUCGUUCUAUUGGAGGCAAACAAGUGGAUAAACCAGGGUGUAAUUGACAAGUUGCUGCUAUAUGAAUGUGCAGCAUCCUUCAUAUCCAACGGGGGGACCUCGCUGGUGGGUACGGCAUCUUUUAUGUAAAGUGACGGCCUGCUUUGACCAGCUUAUAUUAAUUAUUUGAGAGACCUGGCUGCAUUUUCCUUUGGCUGGCGGAUGUAGACAGUAAAAAGAAAGAAGGCAGAAAUCUCUGCACCUAAUAUCUCCAAAACUGGGUCAUUCCCACCAAAACAAAAGAGAUGUGUAAACGGUUACUACGGUUACCACAGUUAAAAUGACAUCUUUGAUUUUGCUGUGAACUCUUGCUUUAAACAAACGGUCCUGCAUACUCGGUCUGCAGCGAUGAAGUGUUCAGAUUUCAGUGAAUCAAACUCGAAGCAGGUGAAGAUGAACUAUGCAAAUCAGAGGUUCGUUUGUAGGACGUUCAGUUCAUUCUUUUGUUCUUUGGCUUGAACGUGUCGGAUGGCAGGAAAAUUAAAAGUAGUUUGGUGCUUUUUUAAAGAAAGUAAGUUUUGUGUGAGACUAAAACCACUGACCCCACCCAGUCUGUGUUUCCUUUAGAAGGAGGAACGUGGAGGGAAAUCCGACGGAGCUCACGGAGGAGACGCGUUGAUUUCUUUGUACAUAAGCGAGGAGAGGGCGUAUUAUCGUGGGCAUGAAGGGCAAACCUCGUAUACACGUAGACUGUGAUCGUCUCGCCUCGUGUUUUCUGAUGUAAACCAGUUUUUAAACCCGGUCCACAGCGAUCCAAGUUCAUUCUGUCGAAUUAUCCCGAUCACUUCAGGGCAGCUGAGGAGACGUUUAUUAUGAUUUUGUGUAUUUUGCAUCAAUGACAAAUCUAGAUAGUUCCAACGAUGGCGCUCCUUUGUAUGACGACGCUAAUAGUAUUUCUUGUAUAUAAAAGUCUUUGUUGUGUUAGCAUGGGUAUAAACUGUGACGUGUAUGAUGGUAGAUGUAAAUACUCACGUUUUUCCUACUCACUAAACAAACUGCUGUGUUGUGGAUUCAUGAUUAAUGACAAACAUUAAACGAUAAACUUUUAUUGACUC